GACAAUAACAACCUUGGGUCGUUUCCAAGUCUCUCAUUACUUUUGUUGGGAGAAAAAAAAACGCCAGUGUUUUUAAUAGACAGUUCGACAAAAGGAUUGCGUAAAAUGAACUUUUGGAGUUGACCGUAUCGUCGCCGUUUGACCAGUGUUAUUCUUCGUUAGUAAUCAAUUGCUCAUCGUCGUACGUUUGUGUGGAAAAAUCUAUCAACAAUGUCCACGCCAGCUAGGAGAAGAUUGAUGAGAGAUUUCAAAAGAUUGCAGGAAGAUCCGCCGACUGGUGUAAGUGGAGCACCUACUGACAAUAAUAUUAUGAUUUGGAAUGCAGUUAUAUUUGGGCCACAUGAUACACCAUUUGAAGACGGUACAUUUAAAUUAACUAUUGAGUUCACUGAAGAAUAUCCAAAUAAAGCACCAACAGUGAGAUUUGUAUCAAAAAUGUUUCAUCCAAACGUGUAUGCAGAUGGUGGUAUAUGCUUAGAUAUAUUACAAAAUAGAUGGAGCCCUACAUACGAUGUAUCUGCCAUACUAACUUCAAUUCAAUCAUUACUCAGUGAUCCAAAUCCAAAUUCGCCAGCCAAUUCAAUGGCCGCUCAGUUAUACAAGGAAAACCGACGGGAAUACGAAAAAAGAGUGAAGGCUUGUGUAGAACAGAGUUUCAUUGAUUAAUUUUUUUUUGAAGUGCUUAACAUUUUCAUCUUUAGUAUUUAUCAAAUAUGAAGAAAAAUAAAUAUAUUUAUAUAUAUAUGUAUAUGUAUAAUAUGUAUUUACAUUUCCAAAAAUUCAAUAUUUUUAUUUUAUGAAUUUCAUUUUUCUUUUAUUUGGUAAACGAUUGUUAUAUUUUGUGGCUUAAAACUAACAUAAUACAUAUAAAUAUAUAAUUUAAUUUAAAAAUAAAAUGAUUAAACAUGUUUGAAAUGAUUAAUCAAUUAGAAACAUAAAAUGAAUUGAGUUUAAUUAUUAGUUCCACAAUUCUAUUUACUGAUAUAUGUCUAGUCUUGAUAG